GAGAGAGAGAGAGAGAGAGAGAGAGAGGGAGAGAGAGAACUGGGAUUCCCACAGGAGAGAGGGGCCAAGGGCUGGUAGGAUCCCAGUGCUGGAGAGCCCAGGUCCUUCUGCCAGGUCCGGCCUGCCUGUCACCCCGCCCUGCUCCUAACUCCAUAGGGAAGCACGCAGGACACUCUGAGGCGCUCAGUAAAUAUUUGCUCACACGCAGACGAGUAGAGCGGAGGGAGGGGCGUGCUAGGAAGGCCCCAGCUUGUCCUUCCCGCUGCUCACACCUUGCUAGUCCCUCCAGGAGGAAGCUCCCGCCUCUGCUGACUGUGGGGCCCAGCCGAGGCCGCAGCCGGCAUGCCCAGGUACACGGUGCACGUGCGCGGAGAGUGGCUGGCAGUGCCCUGCAGGGACGCGCAGCUCACCGUGGGCUGGCUGGGCCGCGAGGCCAUCCGGCGCUACAUCAAGAACAAGCCGGACAAUGGGGGCUUCGCCUCGGUGGACGAUGCCCACUUCCUCGUGCGCCGGUGCAAGGGCCUGGGCCUGCUGGACAACGAGGACCCGCUUGACGUGGCCCUGGAGGACAACGAGUUCGUGGAAGUGGUCAUUGAAGGGGAUGCCAUGUCUCCUGACUUCAUUCCGUCGCAGCCAGAAGGGGUUUACCUAUACAGCAAAUACCGGGAACCCGAAAAGUACAUCGCCUUAGAUGGGGACAGCCUGACCACAGAGGACCUGGUCAACUUGGGCAAGGGGCACUUCAAGAUAAAGCUCACCCCGACCGCUGAGAAGAAGGUGCAGACAUCCAGGGACGUCAUCGACAGCAUCGUGAGAGAGAAAACCGUGGUUUACGGCAUUACGACAGGUUUUGGGAAAUUUGCUAGAACCGUGAUUCCGAUCGAUAAGCUCGAACAGCUCCAGGUCAACUUGGUCCGCUCACAUUCUUCAGGUGUUGGGAAGCCGCUCAUCCCAGAAAGAUGUCGGAUGCUCUUGGCUUUAAGGAUCAAUGUCUUAGCCAAAGGAUACAGUGGCAUUUCCCUGGAAACCCUCAAACAAGUGAUCGAAGUAUUCAAUGCCUCCUGCCUCCCCUACGUUCCCGAGAAAGGAACCGUUGGUGCCAGUGGAGACCUUGCCCCGCUCUCACAUCUUGCUCUUGGGAUGAUUGGAGAAGGGAAGAUGUGGUCUCCGAAGAGUGGCUGGGCUGAUGCCAAAUACGUCCUGGAAGCCCAUGGACUGAAGCCAAUUGUUUUGAAACCAAAAGAAGGUCUGGCGCUCAUCAACGGGACGCAGAUGAUCACCUCCCUGGGCUGUGAAGCUGUGGAGAGAGCCAGUGCUAUCGCUCGGCAGGCUGACAUUGUGGCAGCCUUGACCCUGGAGGUGCUGAAGGGCACCACCAAAGCCUUUGACACAGACAUUCAUGCUGUCCGUCCUCAUCCUGGACAAAUUGAAGUUGCUUUUCGGUUUCGGUCGCUCUUGGACUCAGAUCACCACCCAUCUGAAAUAGCAGAAAGUCACCGGUUCUGUGAUCGUGUUCAGGACGCAUAUACCUUACGCUGCUGUCCACAGAUCCAUGGUAUAGCAAAUGAUACAAUAGCUUUUGUGAAGACGAUCAUUACCACAGAACUCAACAGUGCCACAGAUAAUCCUAUGGUGUUUGCCAGCAGAGGAGAGACCAUUUCUGGAGGAAACUUCCAUGGCGAAUACCCAGCCAAAGCCCUGGACUUUUUGGCCAUCGGCGUCCAUGAACUUGCUGCCAUCAGUGAGAGAAGGAUUGAAAGGCUCUGUAACCCCUCCCUCAGCGAGCUGCCCGCCUUCCUGGUGGCUGAAGGUGGUCUGAACUCUGGAUUCAUGAUAGCCCACUGCACAGCCGCAGCCCUGGUUUCAGAGAGCAAGGCUCUGUGCCACCCCUCGUCUGUGGACUCUCUCUCCACCAGUGCUGCCACAGAGGACCACGUGUCCAUGGGAGGAUGGGCAGCAAGGAAGGCCCUCCGUGUUAUCGAGCAUGUGGAGCAAGUGCUGGCCAUUGAGCUUCUCGCAGCCUGCCAGGGGAUUGAGUUUCUGCGCCCCUUGAAGACGACCACUCCGCUGGAGAAGGUGUACGACCUGGUGCGCUCUGUUGUGAGGCCGUGGAUCAAAGACCGCUUCAUGGCCCCGGAUAUAGAGGCUGCCCACAGGCUGCUGGUAGAGCAGAAGGUUUGGGAAGUAGCUUCACCCUACAUCGAAAAAUAUAGAAUGGAGCAUAUACCAGAAUCAAGACCUGUUUCUCCAACGGCCUUUUCACUGCAAUCUCUUCACAAGAAAUCCACUAUGAUCCCAGAGUCUGAAGAUCUUUAGCAAGCUUUGUUAGGAACCAGCAGAUCAGAGGGUACUGAGUUUGACGGCCAGCAUUACCAUGCUGAAAGAAAGGCCUGAAGAUUUGUCCUAGGUAGUUGAAGUCAUUAUAUAAUUUAGUUUUUCUAAAAACCUACUUGGUUAGACUGGUGACAGGGUUCCAGUUGCUCAGUUCAGCCCUGUGUUCUUGUUAACCUAGCUUAAGAUGCUUCAAGUAUUUUCCGACUCUAGGAUUUGGGGUCCGUGAGAAAAGUCAAUUGGGUGUUGUGCUGCUCUGCCAUGUGUAUGACCCGAAUUCGAGCCUGACCCCUCCACAGGGAAGGAAGCUUUAGGGCUCUCUCUCUCCCUCUCUCUCUCUCUCUCUCUCUCUGCGUCUAUGUGUCUAUGUCUCUACCUGAAGAUUAAAAAUAGAAGCAGAGUAUAGUGUUGUUUCUUUGCUCUCUGUUAGCAAGUCUUAGGUUGAGAAGAGUAACCACAAUUGUGCACCUAUUUGCUCCAACAUUAGAUGAACUCAGACUUGGGAACAGGUGGAUAGCAUUCUUUUUCGAAAAUAGUAAGCCCUUGUGAAUCUUUUUCUUUCUGCUUUGACUAGUCAGUUCUCCACUAGUUAACUUUAGUCAGUUGUACCCCAUAUGCUGUCUGAUGAAUAAUCCCUAACAUACCUUCAUAAAACACACUUUCAUAACAAA